CACAACAUAUGGUGUACAUAUGUCAUAUUUUUGAGUUCAUUUUUUUCCAUAUAGUUUGUUUUUCUAGUGCAUAUUUGAAAUAUGGAGCUUGAAUUAGACCUCAAGAUUACCACAACUAAAGGUGACCCUCAUUCUACUGACUUUCGAAUUGCUAAAGAUCGAGCUGGUCCUGUGUUUCUAUCUAGAGAGACCGAAACUACGUUUAUUCUUACGGCUCAUCUUAGAGGAUUUAAAAGGGAAGAUGUCAAGAUCGACAUAAAUGAAGAUGGAACACUAAUUUCGAUAAGUGGUGAGAAGGCGGUGCAAGAAAUGGUAAUGAAAGGAUGGGUAAUGCACAAGAAUGAACCAAAUUUAAAGAGUUUUAUCAAGGUGUUUAAAAUUCCUCUUGAGGUGUUAUUGGAUCGAAUUAAGGCCAAUUACAAUGAUGAUGAAUCGACGUUGACAAUCUACAUGCCUAAGCAAAAUGAGGGCAUAAUGAUUGGAGGUGGGAUUGAAGAGGUCAAGAACGAUGAUAAACAAGUUAGUGAUCAUGAAACUUUGCAAGAGGAAAGUAUGCAUGAAAGUGAUGAGGAUGAUGAAAUAAGAGAACUCGUCCCAUAUUCACGAAGGAGAAUUGAUGAUGAAGGUGUAUCAUCGUCGAUUCAAGAAACCGAAGGAGAAGUGUGUAGUAGGAUCAAUGGUGAGAGUGACAAAACAGAGGAAAUAGUUGAGGAAAAGGUAGAAGAAGGUUGUAAAACAAAACAAGGUAUCAAGGAAGAAAGAAGUUAUGAUGGAUAUGAAAUGGAAGAGAAAAAUAAUAAGUGUACACUAUUUGGGCCUUGCAUUUUUAUUGGAUCGACUUUAAUUGCAUCUCUUGUAAUGUUGCUUGUUAGAUUGGUUAAACCAAAAAGGCAUUAAGUAUUGGGCCUUGAGAAGCAAUGCAUGAUUUGUGUAGGCGGAUGCACGAUCCACAUGGUGCAUCUCUUCCAAAAAAAAGCGGAAAGAACAUUGCAUAGAAAUAUAAAGAACAUUUAGUUUAAGUGAAAAGAACAUAUUAUAGAAUUGUAAAGAACAUUGUAUAGAAAUGUAAAGAACAUUCCAUUAAAGUGCAAAGAACAUGUUAUAAAAUUAUAAAUAACAUAACGUGCAAUUAAAUAAUGUUCUUUAUCUUCAUGUUCUUUGAUUCUCAGAAUAAUGUACUUUUAUUUGUGACAUAUGUUAAUUGUUUAAUUUGAAAUGUUCUUUGAAUUUUGUCUUUAGAUUAUGGUGGUUGAAUAAAAAUAAUGUUCAUUACAUUAUAUUAUCAUUAAAGGUGAUAAAAAAUUCGGGUCGGGCUGGGCUAUAACAUAGUAUCUCGUGUCCAAAAAACCCGAAAAAUGUAGUGGGUUUUUCGGCUUUUUUUCGGGCCGAGUUUGGAUUUUUUAACUAAAAAUGCAUUUUUAGGCUUGUCUAAACCCGCCCUAUUUUCGGGUUGGAUCGGGUCGGGUCGGGUUUGGUCGGGCCGAAGUUGAUCACCUCUAAUUAUCAUGUUUUCAAUUAAUAUUACGGAUGUUCUUUAGAUAUAUAUAUAAAGAACGUGAAGUUGGAUGUUUUUUUUACAAAAUAGGUAUAGGUUCUUUAUAAAACAACUAUAUGUUCUUUACAAUACAGCUCUAAUUUGGAUUUUCGGCUUUUUUUCGGGCCGAGUUUGGAUUUUUUAACUAAAAAUGCAUUUUUAGGCUCGUCUAAACCCACCCUAUUUUCGGGUUGGAUCGGGCUAGGCCGGGUAGGGUCGGACCGAA